GUGAUACUAGCUGGUACUGGAGGAAAACAGGAGCAAAGUAAAGAGAGAAAACACAUUUUGGUUAGCUCUGAUAAAGUCAAAAUUAAAAGAAGUACCAUUACAUACACUCAGAGGAGCAACAUGAAAUUAAAAAUAUGAAAUUUUGUAUGAAGCACAUGACUGAUAACUGUUCUGUCUCAAGUUUUGUUUCUUAUGGCACAGAUUGGAUCAUAAGUGGGGAAAACUGAGUUUCAAAGGUAAAGUUCAUGUUAACACACAGGUUUUGUUUCUAGGCAGUUCCGAGGAUGCAGGCUCUGGGUGGAGCCAGGAGUUAAAAAGGUUUAACAUGAUAAUUAAACUGAUUUUAUUACUUAACACAGGUUUGCAAGUGGACUUGCAACGCGAUAUCAUAGCGUGGCUCAAGCACGUUCAUCACAGUUUAAACACCUUGUUUUGCACAACGGAAUAUGACCUCCCGUCUGCAGCUAAACACCCCAAUAGCUUUAGUAAUAGCUUUAGCCCGGUCGGACUGGGCAGCAAAGGGCUGCUUAAAUGCCGAAAACUCCUCUGCUCCUCCACCUGGACCGCUAGCACUGACCAUACCGCUUGACAGACUGACCACGCGCACCAUACACAUACUUUUUUUUCUUUUUUGAAUCUUCGGAUCACGUGCGUGCCGAACCGUGGAGUGGGAUCGGUUCGGAUUUCGGAUCAACCGUGAUCCGUUGCACCUCUAAUAUCUGAGGUGCUUCUGCGCUACCACAGGGACACGACUUCAUCAAACCUCUUUAGCAGUUUUUAAAGGCUCUGACUUUUUAAAUAAAGGCUGAAAUAUCUCCAUCAUUGAAUCCUGCUAUUGCACAGAACAGAAAUUUAUAAUUUAAUACAUCUAGCAGUAACAUAUGGUCAACUUAUGCUAUGCAGGUAGUGCUGCUUCUCUGUGAGGAUGCGUCUGUGUGCGUUUGGUCUUCUUACAUUUGAGGAAAUAGUGACACAAACAUUUGAAAAAUUAUGGCUUUAAGUGAGCAGAAAGGAUGUUAUGUGUAGUUUUAUACAUUUGUACGCAGAGAAAGUUUAAUGAAAGAGAAAAUUAUCAGAUUUGUGAAGAUGAACUUAAUAAAUUGUGUGUAACUGAUCAGUGUUUAUUUGGGUUUGGAUGUAUACAUUUGUAAAAGAAGUUUUGCAUGUGCUCAAAUUGCUUUGCAUUUAUGUGUGGAUUUAAGCAUGUUUGAGAAUCCUCUAAAGUUAAACACACAUCACUGCAGUCAUUUGUCUUAGUUUACACUCAUACUUAUUUGUAACACUGUUGAGACAAAUUUUGCUAUAAAAAAAAUCCAGGUUUAGUGUUUCUAAGGUCUUUUUGCUCUCUGACAUCUCGUGUAAAGAUUUGAGGAAAUGAUUAGUUGCACAAAUCAUGAGAGAAUCUGUUUGGUUUCUUGACAUGAUGGUGCAGCUUUAGAGCUGAACAACAUUUGAGAAGUCAAAACAAACAGAAAAUGUGACAGUAAAAAAUUUCCCUUCACGUUUGAAAAACAACCCAAACAAAGCUGCUCAACAUGACUGAAAUAUCAAAGGAACACAUGAAGUCAGAUCUGUGUGAGAGGCAGAAACUCACAUGCGUAAGAAAACAUCUGAAUGUUUCUGGCUGAUAAUCACAUUAAAAGUCUCUGCUUAGCCACCAGCUCUCACCUGCUGACAGAGGCAGAACAAAACCUGAAAAACCAGAACUUCAGGAUCAGAAUUCGAAAAGUGAAACUGAAAGAACUUUAAAAUCUGUUUCUUUUAAAUCAAACUGAGCUCAUCCAGCCGUUCUCAACAGCACAGUAGAGAUUCUGUCCAACACUGGUGAGUACAGACGAUCACACUGUUUUAAAAUCCAGAUGUUCAGUCUCAUCUCUUUAUGACUUAGAAUACUUCUGCAUCAACACAGGAUUACGGACUAGGAGUAAAAACAAACAAAUAUAAAGACAGUAAGUGAAAGUAAAUUUUUGUUUCACAGCAGUUUCACUGCGGAAAAUCUGUUUCUCCUCAAAGGAACCUUAAACUGAGCUCAUCCAGCCUUUCUGAGCAGCACAGCAGAGCUUCUGUCCAACACUGGGUCUGAAGAGCUCACUGCUUUGUGCCUGACACACCUGCAGGGAGAGGCGGAGAUUCAACUGAGUCUAUCAGGUUUUCCUCAACAACACAACAAACAACAAUGGCUGGUAUUGUCCUCAUAUGGAUCUAAGAGUAAAAAAACCCUGUGAAACUGAGUGUUGGUCGUGUUUAACAUGACCAUCCACCACCGGAAGAGGAGACAUGAGACAGAAGGAAGUAAAAGCAGAACAAGUCCACUUUAAAUAUGAGUAAAACUGAAUUGUGCAUAAAAUAAUUUCAUUUUCUUUCUUUCAGACAUGUCUGCUGCCUGCUGUCUUCAAUCUGAAGAUCGGUUUCUGUGCUCCAUCUGUCUGGAUCUCUUCACUGAUCCAGUCUCCACACCAUGUGGACACAACUUCUGCAAAAACUGCAUCAGUCAACACUGGGGUAUCAGUGAGAGGUGUCAGUGUCCUGUGUGUAAAACGGUGUUUGAGAUCAGACAUGAGCUGGGGGAAAUCUCUGAGCUGAUGAAGAGAAGCUCUGAGGUAGAGCAGCUCUCACUCUCUAAAGAUCACCGCCACCUCAUUCAAAGCUUCUCAUGCCUACAAGUUGCUCCAACCAGCAAUGACUGGACAGAGGUCAGUAUCCAUCCACUAUCAUAUGAGCUGUUUGAGGCUGAGCUGAAGAGGAUCCAGCAGUAUGCAGUGGAUAUGACUCUUGAUCCUGAUACAGCACAUCCGAAACUCAUCCUGUCUGAUGAUGGAAAACAAGUACACUGUGGUGAUAGAAGGAAGCAACAUCCAGACAACCCAGAGACAUUUUUUAAAGGUGUUUGUGUUUUAGCAAAGCAGAGUCUCUCUUCAGGCAGAUUAUACUUUGAAAUUCAGGUUAAAGAAAAGACCAAAUGGUUUUUAGGGGUGGUCAGAGAGUCAAUCAACAGGAAGGAAGACCCCAAUCCGAGUCCUGCGAAUGGUUACUGGACAGUAAUUUUAGGUAAAAAUAGUUUUAUAGCUCUUGACAACCUUCCAGUCCAUCUUCCUCUUCACCGUCCUGAGAAGGUGGGAGUGUUUGUGGAUUAUGAGGAGGGUCUGGUCUCCUUUUAUGACGUAGAUCACGCAGCUCUUAUCUACUCCUUUACUGGCUGCUCCUUUACCGAGAAACUCUACCCAUUCUUCUGUCCCGGUAAUAAUGAUGAUGGUAACAACUCUGCGCCGCUGAUCAUCUGUCCUGUCAAUCAGCCAGUCUCCAUAUAUGCUUGCUCCGCCCCUAUUCCACCUCUUAGCUCAUCAACCAAGGGUCUUGGAGCAACUGCCACUAAGGGUGCAGACAUGUCUGCUGCCAGCUGUCUUCUAUCUGAAGAUCAGUUUCUGUGCUCCAUCUGUCUGAAUGUCUUCACUGAUCCAGUCUCCACACCAUGUGGACACAACUUCUGCAAAAACUGCAUCAGUCAACACUGGGAUAUCAGUGACAGGUGUCAGUGCCCUGUGUGUAAAAAGGUCUUUCAGACCAGACCUGAGCUGCACAUCAACACAUUUGUCUCUGAGAUGGUUUCUCAGUUCAGACAUGAAACUCAGCAGAAAGUCAGCAGCAGCAGGUCAGAGCAACAAGCUGCCAAACCAGGAGAAGUUCCCUGUGACAUCUGCACUGGAACCAAACUGAAGGCCCUGAAGUCCUGUCUGGUGUGUCUGGCCUCCUAUUGUCAGACUCACCUGGAGCCUCACCUGACAGCUUCACGGCUGAAAAGACAUCAGCUGAUCGAUCCUGAGGAGAACCUGGAAAGCAGGAUGUGUAUGAAGCAUGAUAAACCUCUGGAGCUGUUCUGUAAGAACGAUCAGACAUGUGUCUGCAUGCUCUGCUGUGUUUUUGACCACAAGACUCAUGAGUUUGUUCCUCUGAGAGAAGAAUAUGAAGGAAAGAAGGCAGAGCUGGGGGAGACUGAGGCUGAAAUUGAACAGAUGAUCCAGAAGAGACGACUGAAGAUUCAGGAGAUCAAAGAGUCAGUGAAGAUGAGUAAAGAUGCUGCAGACAGAGAGAAAGCAGAAGGUGUUCAGGUCUUCACUGCUCUGAAGGAGUCUGUUGACAGACGUCUGAACGAGCUCAUAAAGGAGAUUGAAGAGAAACAGGAAACAAAAGAGAAACAGGCUGAAGGUUUCAUCACAGAUCUGGAACAGGAAAUCUCUGAGCUGAUGAAGAGAAGCUCUGAGUUGGAGCAGCUCUCACGCUCUAAAGAUCACCUCCACCUCCUCCAAAGCUUCUCAUCCCUGAAAUCCGCUCCAACCACCAAGGACUUGACAGAGGUCAGUAUCCAUCCACCAUCAUAUGAGGGGACUGUGGUGAGAGCUGUGGAUCAGCUGAAGGAGAUAUUCAGUAAAGACAUGAAGAAGCUGUUUGAGGCUGAACUGAAGAGGGUCCAGCAGUAUGCAGUGGAUGUGACUCUCGAUCCUGAUACAGCACAUCGUUAUCUCAUCCUGUCUGAUGAUGGAAAAAAAGUACACUGUGGUCAAGAGGAGAAUGAUCAUCCAGACAACCCAGAGAGAUUUUCUGAAGAGCUUGUUGUUUUAGGAAAGAAGAGUUUCUCUUCAGGCAGAUUUUAUUUUGAAGUUCAGGUUAAAGAAAAGACUGAAUGGGCUUUAGGAGUAGUCAGAGAGUCAGUCAACAGGAAACAAGAAAUCAUACCGAGUCCUGAGAAAGGUUACUGGACUGUAGGAGUAUAUGAAAACAUUUGUGUGGCUCUUGAGGAUCCUGAAGUCCAUCUCCUGCUUCAGUCUUAUCCUGAGAAGGUGGGGGUGUUUGUGGAUUAUGAGGAGGGUCUGGUCUCCUUUUAUGAUAUAGAUCGUGCAGUUCUUGUCUACUCCUUUCCUGGCUGCUCCUUCACCGGGAAACUCUACCCAUUCUUCUGUCCCGGGGUCAAUGAUGAUGAUAAUGAUAACUCUGCACCUCUGAUCAUAUGUCCUGUCAAUCAGUCAGUCAAAUCGUUUUCCAUGGGGAAUGUGGAUCAAUCAAAGUUUAAGCCAAGCCAGAGAAGAAGUCCUAUAAACAGAACCCAGCAAAAUGCACCUGAUGAAGACCACAAGAUUCGGUCAGAAGCUGCAGAACAAGCUGAGCUUUAGUUGAUUCCUGCUUUUAAACUGUUCCGAAGUUUAAGAAAAUUAUCCAUUUGAGGAUAAAUCCAGUCUGUAUAAAUAGAAACUCACCUCUUCUUUCCUUUUAAUGUUUAAAGGCACAGAUAUUAAAGCAUAUACUGUCCAUGGACAUGAAUACAAAUGUUAGAAUUACAUUAUUUUCAUUCACCUGGUGUGAAAUAUCAAAAACAGGAUGGAGAAACUGUUCUAUUGUUUUAACAAGUACAACACACUU